CCAUAUCACUACCUGAUUUCUCUCUCUCCCUCUCUCUCUCUCUCUCUCCUUGCAGUUUGUUAGUACUAGUAUUAAUCGAAACAGUCGAUGCGGUGGGUUAACGCCCUAGCCCUGGCCCUGGCCGGAGUGGCCAGGAGCGCCAUCGUGUCGGACGCGGAUGACAUCGAAUUCGGGAACCCGUGGUGGUUCGUGUACGCAGGGGUGUCGUGUUUUCUCGUGCUCUUCGCCGGAAUAAUGUCGGGUCUCACUCUGGGGCUCAUGUCUCUUGGUUUAGUUGAGCUCGAGAUUCUUCAGAGGAGCGGCACCUCUACGGAGAAGCAGCAAGCAGCUGCUAUCCUACCGGUCGUUCAAAAGCAACACCAGCUUCUCGUCACUUUGCUUUUGUGUAAUGCAUGUGCUAUGGAGGCUCUUCCUAUAUAUCUGGAUAAGAUUUUCCAUCCCUUUGUCGCUGUUGUGCUAUCAGUAACUUUUGUUCUAGCUUUUGGUGAGAUCAUUCCACAAGCCAUAUGCUCAAGAUAUGGCCUUGCUGUUGGAGCCAAUUUUUUGUGGCUCGUCCGUAUUCUGAUGAUCAUUUGUUAUCCUAUUGCUUACCCCAUUGGAAAGGUUCUAGAUGCUGUACUGGGGCAUGAUGAUGCUUUGUUUAGACGAGCUCAACUGAAAGCCCUCGUCUCUAUACAUGGUAAAGAGGCUGGUAAGGGCGGUGAACUCACGCACGAUGAGACUACUAUCAUAAGUGGAGCACUUGACUUGACUUUGAAGACUGCUGAGGAAGCUAUGACCCCUAUUGAAUCAACAUUUUCUUUAGAUGUCAAUUCGAAAUUAGACUGGGAAGCAAUUGGAAAAAUUCUUGCACGAGGUCAUAGCCGUGUUCCUGUCUAUUCUGGCAACACAACUAACAUAAUUGGACUUUUACUGGUGAAAAAUCUUCUCACUGUGCGAGCAGAAACCGAGACUCCAGUUAGUGCAGUUUCCAUUCGGAAAAUGCCUAGGGUUCCAGCAGAUAUGCCCUUGUAUGAUAUUCUCAAUGAGUUCCAGAAGGGAAGCAGUCAUAUGGCAGCUGUUGUGAAGGUCAAAGGGAAGAAUAGUAAACCCCAACCUGCUUUAGGACGAGAGAACUUUGAACAAAUUGACAGCGGGAAUGGGAAUUCCGAAUUAACUACCCCCUUGUUACCCAACCUGCAUGAAAAGGGAGAUAGUGUAAUCCUUGACGUUGAUAAGGUUUCAAUGCCAAUCCCUGCAAACAAAAUAAAGUAUUUCCCGCAAAAUGCUGCCUCGACAAACACUUUGACCCGUUUCUCAGAUGAUUAUGAAGAUGGGGAAGUCAUUGGCAUCAUUACGCUCGAGGAUGUUUUUGAAGAACUUCUACAAGAGGAAAUUGUAGAUGAGACAGAUGUAUAUGUUGAUGUCCAUAAAAGGAUACGAGUGGCUGCUGCUGCUGUCGUUGCCCGGGCCCCUCAAAAUCGGAAGUCAACUUGUCACAAGCCUGCAGGAGGGCAAUAUAAGCAGAGUCAAAUCCCAAAGAAGGAUUUUGAAGACAAUUUAAUCCGAGGUGACAAGAAUUACCUGCACACCCUUUUCUAGGCAGCAGCAUAUGUAGCAGUAGUAGAAGUUUUGACGGGCAAGAAGGUAGAUGUUGAAGUCUUUUUAGUUUGUUUUCUUCUGUUCUCAGCACUAUAAUCUAAUGUGUUGUAACAUUCUCAUUUCCAAUCACGUCGUAGGUUGUCGCGCAUAUAUCUUGUAAAAUUAUCUGCACUGUAACCAACAUUUUCUGGGUUUGCCAUCAAAUACUACAUUUGAGAAGAAUGGUGGUGUUAUGAUCA